GGAAGUAUUUUUUAGGUAAUUAAUUUUAAAUAGGUACCUAUUAUUUUGGUAAUUUAGGUUGAUAGUAGGUAGUUGGAGUUUUUAUAGGAGUUAUUAGCAUUUUUUUUUUAAAUUUUGACAACAAAAAAUUAACAUUGAUUAAUAAAAUAAUAAGCGUUAUUAGCAUAAUUGAGGUCAAUUAAAGUGAGCUUAUAAACAUUUUGCGCUCAAAAAAACAAAUGUGAAAACAAAAAUCCAAAGUUAAAUUUUUGUGAAACCCGUGCAUUGCACGGGUGCUAACCUAGUAAGCUCAAUCAAACCAAAACCACCAAAUAUUCCUCCAUUAAAAUUUAAAAUUAAAAUUAAAACUAAAAUUAAAAUUAAAAUAAAAAAAAUCCCAGAUCAAAAAAAUUCCUUUCUAUUUUCCACACUUUACCCUUGUUCAACCUAUCAUUUUCUCAAACACCCAUCUUCUUUCUUCUUCUUCCUUUUUUCUUCUGAAACCAGAUCUUUCCAAAUUAGGUUAGAUAAUUUCCGCCAUUUUUGCCGAUGUCGAAACCUUGGGGUGGUAUCGGCUCUUGGGCCGCCGAAGCCGAGCGUGAAGAAGCCGAGGAGAGAGAAAAUGCCACCACAACCGCCGCCGCAGCAAACACCCAAAGCUUCCCUUCUCUCAAAGAAGCCAUUACUGCCAAACCCAAGAAGAAGAAGAUGACCCUUUCCGAGUUCGCUUCUUACGGGUCUAAAUCCGGACCCGUUUCUUCCGGAUCCACCCGUUUAACCCCUGACGAAAUGCUCCAGUUACCCACUGCUCCCAAGCCUCGUUCUGGGGACGAACCUUCUGGACCUCGUCUUGGAGGUGGCUUUUCUAGCUAUGGUGAUGAUCGAAGAGGAUCCCAACGUCGCGGGUUUGAUGAAGAUAGGAGGCAAAAUAGGAGGGAAUUCGAUUCGAUGCCUCCUCCUCCUUCUAGGGCUGAUGAAGUUGAUAAUUGGGCUUCUAUGAAGAAACCCAUUUCAAUGGCGGAUAGUGGGAGAGGUGGUGGUGGAGGUAGUGGCGGUGGUGGUUCGAGGUAUGGUGCUUUGGGUGGUGGGUCUAGGGCUGAUGAGGUUGACAAUUGGAGUUUUGGGAAGAAACCGCAAUCGUCGGGGUUGAGUAUGGGAGGUGGGAGAUCGAGUACAUUUGGGUCAGGGUUUCGUGAUUCGGGUUCGGAUUGGAGGAGGGGAGGUGGGGAGAGGGAAUUGGGUGGUGGGGAGAGAGAAUUGGGGAGGACUAGAUUGGUGUUGGAUCCUCCUACAGGGAGGAAUGGUGAGAAUGUGGUGAAGACGACAACACCAGCAUCAACGGAGAGUAAGUCCAAUCCGUUCGGGGCGGCGAGGCCGAGGGAGGAGGUGUUGGCUGAGAAGGGGUUGGAUUGGAAGAAAUUGGAUUCAGAGAUUGAGGCUAAGAAGGUUGUUGCUAGUGGGAGUAGGCCUACUAGCUCGCAGGGAAGUCGGCCUACUAGCUCGCAGAGUAACCGUGGGACGGAGAGUUUAGGUGGUGGUGUGGUUGGGGAGAUUAAGCCUAAGCCUAAGGUGAAUCCCUUUGGUGAUGCUAAGCCUAGGGAGCUUUUGUUGGAACAAAAAGGUUUGGAUUGGAAGAAGAUUGAUCUUGAGUUAGAGCGUCGUCGAAUUGAUAGGCCUGAGACAGAGGAAGAGAAGGCUUUGAAGGAAGAAAUUGAGAAUCUAAAGAAAGAACUUGAGAAAGAACCUGAUAAUGAUGCUCCCCAAGAAACUGAAGGUGAACAGACUAGUUUACGUGAUCUUAUAAAGAGCAAAGAGAGUGAAUUGGAAAUCCUGACAAGAGAAUUGGAUGACAAAGUCCGAUUUGGUCAGAAAGCGGUGGAAAGGCCAGGCUCUAGGCAUGGUUCUAGACCAGGUUCUGGAGCUGGGAGAUUUACUAGUUAUCCAGAGAGACCUCCUUCUCAGUCUGGAUCUUUUGAUAAUGGUCGGGUUCCAGAAGUGAUGGACAGGCCCCGGUCACGUGGAACAGGAGAUGUAUGGACAAGGCCUGGUGAAGAUAGAAGAGGAGGUUUCCAAGGUGGCAGAGAUAGAGGAGGAUUCCUGGGCAAUAGAGACUUUGACAGGUCUACGUCUAGAGAGAGAUGGUGAAUCAAUUUUUUUUUGGGGUUUCAAGACACUCAGUGUGGAUUCUUCAGAGCUCUCCUUUGACAGCAUUCGGCAAGCAAUGGAUAAUAAUAUUUUGUUUAAAUUUGUUCAGGUCUUUGUCAAAUUAUUCUACGGCUUAGCACUGGCGCUGAUGACCUUGUUAAUUAACUGUUAAUUUUGAUACCUUGUAAAAUUGCCAUUUUUUUUUGGUCUGUAUCGAGGCAAGGAUCUUGUGUUGUUCGUAGACUGACAUGUAAUGGAACAUUAUGUUAUAUUCUUCUGGUCUUUUCCUUAAAGACUGUUUUAGGCUUCAUUGGCCUUUUUUUUUUUUUUUAAUUCAUACGUGAAUUUUGAGGUGGUGUUAAGUUGUUUGAAUGGCAUCAUUGACUGAACUUGUACAUAGUAUAGUUAGAUUGUAAAAUGUAAUCGUUUUGGUUGUGUAGGAGUCUUUUUACUUAUUUUUGUUGAAUUUCAAAAUGUGUUAAUGUACAUCAGUACAUAACAGGAAUUUGCA